UACACUCCUGAGUGAAAAGCAUGUAUUCCCGUUUUAAAGUGUCCGUUUGUUUCGAUCUUUUUCUUUAAUGAUUGUUGCGACAAAAAAAAUGUGGAAAUUGUUAUGGGUGGCCAUUUUAGUGGCCGUACUCUCUACGUAUUAUGCAAAUGCAAAUGAGAGAAGUAAACGAGUAAUAAAGAAUAAUUAUCAAAUUCAAGAUUUACAGCCACCAGUUGGUUUUUCAUCAAAAAGACAAGAUGCCAUAGUAGUUGAGCCAGCCUUUUCGGGAUAUGAGUAUAUAACUCCAAAACCGGAUGAAUCGGAGGGCUACGUUUAUACUCCAGGUGGAUAUGUUUACGAAACUCCAAAUGUUGCAUUUACUGUUACAUCAACUACAACGACUACAACGAGAAAAUCUACGCCAGGAACUACUUAUUUACCGCCGAGGACUAUACCACCUACGACUACAACUACAACUACAACUACACCACCCACAACUACAACCACCACUACGACUACAACUACUACCACACCCAAGCCGACCUACCUGCCCCCGUAUGAGCGACAUACAUAUCUUCCACCACCGACACCUGUGAGAGAGUACCUACCAGUACGGCCGACGCGAAUACCAUAUCCAACACCUAGGUAUACAGUGUUUCCAAUACCAAAAUCAAGUACAACGACAUAUAGGUCGACUGGCAAACCGGCUCCACCACCGACUAUGCCGUCGACCACACCGAAGAGACCUCCGAUAGGUUACGAGUACCUACCUCCCAAGGAAUAUCUGCCCGCCUUCACAUACCCCAAAUGAGAGUUGAAAAUUUGAGGAGUAUUAUCGAUCAGUGAAAUGCACGAAUCUUAAAUAUUAAAAUAAUAUUAAUAUUAAUAACAAGAAUAUUUCAUUUAAUGGCCAA